CAGCGUCUGCCUCCCUUCGAGAGCUUCUCUCAGGGUCCUAACCUGCAGUUCACCUUACGCUGGACCACCGAGCUAUCGGAGCGUCCCCCCGCUCCUGUGGCCAGACCUUUGUCCACCCGAAACACCGAGACCAACCAGGAGCCCCGAGCCAGCACUCUGAGGGCCACGCCCACACAGGCUCUGAAGGACUCCGUGACCUCUGACCUUCAGACUAGGAGGGACCUGAUCCUAGCCGAGCCUCAUCAGAAACUCCGGAUCUUCUACCAGUUUCAGUACUUUAACAACACGAGACAGCAGACUGAGGCCAGGGACGACCUGCACUGUCCCUGGUGUACCCUGAACUGUAGGACCCUCUACAGCCUGCUGAAACACCUGAAACUGUCCCACUCCCGCUUCAUCUUCAGCUAUGUGCCUCACCCUAAAGGAGCAAAGAUCGAGGUGUCCAUCAACGAUUGUUACGACGGUUCGUACACAGGGAACCCUCAGGACGUCCACAACCAGCCGGGCUUCGCCUUCAGCAGGAACGGACCCGUCAAGAGGACCGUGGUGACCCACGUCCUGGUCUGCAGACCCAAGAGGAUGAAGCCCAGUCUGUCUGAGUUUCUGGACCUGGAGGACGCAGACCGGGACCAGCACCAGAGGACGUACAUCAGUGGACACAACCGUCUGUACUUCCACAGUGACUGCUGCGUUCCCAUGAGGGCCCAGGAGAUGGAGGUGGACAGUGAGGACGAGAGGGACCCGGACUGGCUCAAAGACAAGACCGUGAAGCAAAUCGAAGAAUUCACCGACGUAAACGAGGGCGAGAAGGAGAUCAUGAAGCUGUGGAACCUGCACGUCAUGAAACACGGCUUCAUUGCAGAUAACCAGAUGAACGAGGCCUGCUUGCUGUUUGCUCAGAACCACGGUUCCGUCAUCGUGGAGCAGAACCUGCAGCAGAACUUCCUGCUCCACCUGAUCAGCAUGCACGACUUCAACCUGAUCAGCACCCACACCAUCGACCAGGCCAUGACCCGGCUCCGCCUGCUGCACAACCAGACCCUGCACAGGGACGACGAAGAUGAGGAGGACUGGGAGACAGCUGUGGAGUCCCUGCUAGAACUGGACCCAGAUCCAGACCUGUCCGAGUUUAAAACCUGCAGCCGAAACAAUCAGCCGGAGCAGCAAACAGAAASUACAAACUCCAAGCAGAAACUCUUCGGCUGCGCUCUGAAGUGACUCCUCAGCACAGAACCCUGGACUGGACCAAAGGUCUGAGGACCCGGAACAACCAGUACACUCAMCAGGGACCACCUCGCUGCAGAGGACCUCUGUCGUCCUCUGAGACCUUCAGGUUCUGCAGCUUCAGCUUGUUUUUGUUUGAUCAGGGUCUGAUUUCUUUUCUCUGCAGAGUUUGGUUCUUAAUGAAUUUAAAAGAUUUAUUUCCAUGUUUUUCAUCUUUUACCUGGACCUGGUCCUGAUCCUGUCUGACCCUGGACCUGGUCCUGUCUGACCCUGGACCUGGUCCUGUCUGAUCCUGGACCUGGUCCUGUCUGAUCCUGGACCUGGUCCUGACUGAUCCUGGACCUGGUCCUGUCUGAUCCUGGACCUGUCUGAUCCUGGACCUGGUCCAGAUCUUACAGUUCUCAGGUGUUUCAGCAGAACCAGGAUCCAGGUCCGUUAAACCUGAACUGAUCAGAAGACCUGUUCAGGUGUGAAGAGGAGGAACUGGUCCUGGUCUUGUAGAACCUGCUCCAUGAUGGGACCAGAACCUUCAGGUCCGACCCUCUGGUGCUAACCUCUAUGUCUUCAGAACCUCAGAGUUCUGAUCCAAUCACAGGGAUCUCACUGCCGCUCACUUUGACCUGUCUGUUCUGGUUCUGGUUCUGGUUCAGGUUCAUGUCAGCUGGUCUCAGUUCAAGGUGCUCUUAGUUUGUUUGUUUGUUUGUUUGUUUGUUUGUUUACGUACCACACUGUAAGUGUAAACAGUUUGUUUUAGUCCUGGACCAAAGCGGACUCUUUCCUCGGUUCUGUUUCUUUGUUUAAAGGUCGGGUCGUGACCUGGUUCUGACUGACCCAGAAUCUUAGUCCAGUCAGGACCCGGUGCUGCAGAAUGAGGUCCGGUCCAUCAGAACCUCUUAUUUUGGUACCAGCUCUGAUCAUGUGUGGUUCUGGUUUCACAGAACCUCUCUGGGUUUUUGUUUCUUCACAAGACCAGCAGCGUUUUGCACAAAGUGGGAGGAGCCAUGUCCAGAAACCAGCUGUCAAUCAUGUUUUUCUAAUAAAAGAUCAACUUUGUUCUAA